AUGGACCCUACUUUCAAGAUAAUCAUUGUCGGGGGAUCAAUUGCCGGCCUGACUCUCGCGCACUGUCUGCACAAGGCAAACAUUGCCUGCAUCGUCCUCGAAAAGCGACCAGAAAUUGCUCCCCAGGAAGGAGCCUCUGUUGCAAUCCUGCCAAACGGCGCGCGAAUCUUGGAACAACUGGGGCUCUACGACGCGGUCGAGAAGCUGGUCAAGCCGAAGGACGUCUUGAAUAUGCAUUUUCCGGACGGAUUUCAGUUCAGCGACCCGUAUCCCAAGACCAUGAAUGAGCUCUUCGGGUACCCAAUGGCGUGUCUGGACCGUCAACAAUUACUCCAAGUUCUGUAUCAGUCGUUUCCUAAUAAAUCGAACAUUUACGCAGGCAAAGAUGUCAUCCGGGUUGACCAACAAGAUAGCCAUGUGCUGGUGCACACCGCAGAUGGAUGUACCUACGAGGGUGACCUGGUCGUGGGCGCCGACGGGGUCCACAGCCGUGUUCGAACUCAGAUGUGGCGCGCAGCAAAAGUGCGAUGGCCUGGACGGAUCAGUGAUAGAGAGAUAAAGGGCAUGAGCAUCGAGUAUGCCUGUAUUUUCGGCGCGUCGGCUAUGGUUCCAGGAUUGGACGAGCGACACCUGCAUUCAAGAGUCGACAACGGGACAGCAUUCAUCAUCAUCCCGGGAGUCAAUGGACGACUGUCUUGGUUCAUCAUUGUCAAAUUAGACCAAAAAUAUCAAUACGGUAGCGCGCCGCGGUUCUCCGUCAAAGACGCUGCAGCCUGGGGUGAGCGACUGACGGACAAGUACAUAUGGAACGAUAUCAAAUUCAAGCAUAUAUGGCAGAAUCGCGAGGCCUUUGCUAUGACGGCGCUGGAAGAGAAUAUCUUUCAAAACUGGAGUUUUGGCCGCAUUGUCUGUAUUGGCGAUAGCAUGCACAAGAUGACACCGAAUCUCGGACAAGGGGCCAACUGCGCUAUUGAAGAUGCUGCUGCCCUGGCCAACAAGCUACACGAUGCUCUGAGGGCUAAACAUCCCGGAGACAAGCUUUAUGAUGACGAGAUUGAGGAAGUCCUCUCCGAAUUCAGCAACAUCCAGGUCAAACGCAUAUCCAAAAUCUACAAUGUGUCGUGGAUCGCCGCGCGCUUGCAGUCUCGAGCAAACCUGGUAUACAGGAGGGAGCUACAGUGUUGGACUUCAUCCCCUUGCCGACCCGCUCAGGUCCAGGCUGGACACCGCGCAGGAGAGAUCAAAGAGUCUUUCCGAUAUUGGCUGCAGCUGCGCUUGCAUUUCUGUUACUGGUAUCAAUGGCAUCAGUCAACCUGA